AUGAUGACCAAUGGUGAUAGCAACAUUAAUAAUAAUAAAACAUCAUCAAAACGAUCAACAGUGAAAGCUACAUCAUUGCUUGAUAUAAUGUCUUCAACGAACAGUAAUAAUCAUUCGUCAAUAGAUACUGACAAUCGUAUUAAAUUUAUCGACAUGCUUGUUUGUGGUUCAUGUCAACAAGAUUUUCAAUUAUCAGAUAUUGUUAAAUUUAUUGAACAUAAAGCAAUAUGUGGAAAUAAAGAAAAUAAACAAAAAAUACCAUAUCAUUUUCCACGACGACGUCGUCGGAGAGGAGGUGGAGAAGAUGAUAAUGAUGAUUAUGAUGAUGAUGAUGAAGAUGAUGAUGACGAUGAUGAAGAUAAAAGUCAACAUAGUGGUCAUUUAAGUGAGAGUGAAAAUGAAAAUAAUAUUUCUCAUCAUCAACAAUCUGAUCAUCAACGUUUAUCACAGAAACAAACAAUAUAUCCAAAACGUCUUGUUGAUGCCAGUGCUAAUACAUUGAACAGUACAACUGAACCGUAUAAUUUUGAAUGCAGUCAAUGCGGUGAUGUGUAUAGUACAGCUUGGUUUCUUAUACAACAUCAUCAAUAUGUGCAUGGUGUAAAAAUGUACAGUAAUUGUUUAAAUGAAAAUUCUUCAUCUAAUAAUAAUAAUAAUAAUAUGAAUCCAACAACAACAGCAACAACACUAAAUAAUAGUUUAUUACCUAAUGAUCCAUCUAUGCUUAAUAUUGAUCUUGCUCUACUUGAAGCUGCAUUUAAAGAAGCUACACCAUCUAAUCGAUCAUUAGUAUCAUCCACAACAUUCGCUUCAAAUCAGUUGAUUGCAGCGGCUAAUGCUGCUCGAUCAGCACAACAACAACAACAACAACAACAACAAUAUUCACUAUCAGUUCGAACAACCCCAGAUAGUGACAAUAAUUCACGCAGUUGUCUCUCGGCUGGUGCCAAUUCAAAGGUUAAUGUACCAUUUUCUUCUCUUGCUGUUGCAUCAACAUCUAAUAUUUCACAUGCAAGUUUAUUACAAGAAGCAGCUCGUUCGAAUUCAAUUGUUCAAUUACUCAAAGAAGUAGCUAAACAACAAUCAUGUAAAACUUGCGGUAAAGACAAACCAAAAAAUAAUACGGAUUCACAAUUUCUUACACCAAAAUCUUAUGAUGUUACUAAAUCUCAUAGUGGGAAUGAUUUAGCUAAUAAUGUGCAUAAUCAUGAUGACGGAUCAGGUCAUAAUACUCGACGUCAUAAAAGACGACGGCCUACAAAUUCUGGUCAAGAUGAUGAAUAUGAACAAAAACAAAGAUUUUCAUCAUUAUCACUUUCAACGUCAUCAAAUCGAGCUACAUCAACUACUCCUUCACGUUGUCUUUCAGCUUCAGCCACGCCUUCAAUUACUGUUUCAUCGUUCGCAGAUGAAUCAGCACAUCAUAAUAUCAAUGGAAAUAAAACAAUUAUAAUUGAUGCGCCUAACCAAUCAUCAGUAUCUAUCGAUCAACCACAACAACGUAAGCGGCAUCAACGUAAACCAACACGACAAAAGCAAGCACAAUUAUCAAAUGGUAUUACACCACAACAUCAAAUGGCGAUAUCUAUUAAAGAUGAACCAUGUGAUACAGAUGAUAAUAGUGUUACAUACAGUAGUAGUAAUGAUGAUGAUAAGCAAUCUGUAACAAAGAAAAAGCAUGGAUUAUUAUUAACGACCGGUGGAAAUUCUUCCAAUGAAUUGAUUAAUGAUAAUAGAUCAUCAUUAAACAAUUCGUCAACUUAUAAAUGGCUUCAUCAAGCAUUUCGAUCAUUGAUACCACCACAGUCACAAAUCAAUGAUGUCGAGUUAACAACACAACAAAAUUCUACAUCACCACAAUCUAUUUCAAUGAUUGAUAAUAUGACCAGUGGUGGUAUUGCAUCUACGCGUUCCUCUCCAUCUUUAUCUACUACACCACCAUGUUCAACAUCAGUACUAAAUCUAUCAACUACAAGUGGAAAUACUACCGGUGACCGUAUUUCACCAUCUUUAGCAAAUAUGACGGAUCAUUCUUCGACAUCACCUGAUGGUAAUCAUCAUAAUCAUCAUCAACAUCAUUAUCAUAAAACAAGAGGAUCAAAUCAAGGAAAUCGAAAUGAAUCGAAUUCUAUAGCAUCAUCAUCAACACUAUAUGGUAAUAGUGGUAUUAAUUUAAGUAAUGUAUCCAGUUCAAAUCCACAAAGAUUAAUCAAAAGAGAUCGACGUAAUGAUACAUGUGAAUUUUGUGGUAAAGUAUUUAAAAAUUGUUCAAAUUUAACUGUUCAUCGUCGAAGUGAAAAACCGUAUAAAUGUGAGUUAUGCGCAUAUGCAUGUGCACAAUCAUCUAAGUUAACACGUCAUAUGAAAACUCAUGGUCGUGGUGGGAAUGAAGCAUUUCAUUGUCGGUAUUGUUCAAUGCCAUUUUCUGUUGCAAGUACAUUAGAAAAACAUAUGCGUCGUUGUGAUCGUAAUCCACAAAUUCUUGCUGUAUUUAAACAACAACAACAACAGCAACAACAAAUAAGUAUAUCAUCAAUGAAUAAUAAUCGAAAAUCUACAACAGAUUUAAAAAAUGAAUUUUGUAUUGAUGGAAUGGAUGAUAAUGAUGAUAUGAUUGCUGAUGAUUAUUCAUCAUUUGCUGAAAUAGUUGAUGAACAAAAUGAAGGGAGUUUAGAUGAAGAUGUGGAUGAUACUGAUCUUACUGAAGAAAGUGAACAACAACCAUCAAAUGAACAACUUUGA